AUGCCGGAGAAGGGACCUGGUACUGAGGAUGAUGAGCCGUCGUACGAGUACUUCCCGCUUCUGGAAUCUCUUUGUCGGAAAAUGAAGCCGCGAACGUUGGUGAUCGACGACGUCGUACCCGAACAUUUUGAAGAUACGGGUAUCGAACAUGCCUUGUCUUCUUCCAGGGGCGUCGCCUUUCGGUACCGGGAUAGCGCGGACGCCGAAGCAAUCGUGCAGACCAUGGGAAAUGUCGCAGACUUAUUGUGGCAGGAGAUGCUGGGACUUGUGCAGAGCGUAGUCCUUGCAGACCUUGAGGCUGUGAAGAUAUGUAAUACGGCUAUCGCAGCGCUUCGUGCGGAGGGUCUCAGGGCCCCACCAUGCGAUUGGUACAAACCGCAUAUGGACGACUCCCCCACCAGAGCUCUCCUCUUUUAUGGCCGCGUGCCCCUCAACGUUCGACUGUCCUCCAAACUCCUCCUCUCGCUAGCUGGAGCGUACCCACCUGACAGAGUCACUCCCACGCUUAUGACAGAGGUAUUGGGCGGCAUGGUGAGGCCUUCGGGGACAUUGUCGGUUCAACUGCCGCGAGAGGAGUUUAAGAUGCCGUACCUCUGGCGAAAGAUCGUGACCUCGAUUUGUCUAGAAGUGUACCCUCGGAUGCUGGUGAUCAAUGAUGUGGGAGAAAAAGCUCAUGUCACUUCGCUUGCUUUCUCUUCGCUGGGUGCAGCCAUACGUUUUGGGAACGAUGUGGGCGAACCGGAAAUAUGGCAGGUAUUGGAGUCUUUCUAUCGGAGGUACUUACUCUCUAUAACACAAGACUCCCUGCACUGCAUCAUCUACAAUUACCCACCCGAAGGUCUUACAGAGCUCAAAAGGCAGGACACUGUUGAGAAUGCCAUUCUCAGCAAGGCUUUCAGCGACCUCCACCAAUCGUUUGAAGCGAAGGAGGUGAAACUCAAAGUCUGGAUGGAAGGUGCCAAGGAGUCGAAUGUCUCGAUGGAGGAGAUGGGGAAUGAGUUGAUGGAAUUUAUGAAGAGUGCAUGAAGAACGGGCCGUAGCCCGGUCACAGGCCCCCGUCCCUGACAGUCUGGCGGAGUCCGCUAGUAGUUAAAAGGUCAUAUAUGGCUUCUAUUGGUGC